AGAUUCUGAAAUUUUAACAUGUCCCAAAGACACAACAGGAAAUCCAACAAAAAGUGUGACACUUCAGAUGGCAAGCAUUCCAAGAGUUCCAGUGACAGGAGGUCAAGCCAUUCCAGCUCAUCUUCCUCAGAGAGUGCUACAAAAAAAUAUGAAGGGGCAGAAGUCCGUAAAUGUAAUACCAAGGUACUGCCGUGGAGUCAAAGGUUUGUUGAUGGUGCUGGAUAUACCAAAACAAAAAGGAGUCUUGAUGUCAAAGAUACUACUAAAGAUUUUGAAAAAGAGACUUCAGAAGGUACCAGCAGCAGUAGUUUUAAUUCCUUUCCUGCUGAGCAUGAAAAGAUCAUUUUACAUUUUAAAAAUAAGGCCAAACGUAAGGGAGAUGGAAGAAGCCAUAAGGAUAUUACAGCAGCCUUUCCUAGCAAUGAAGGCCGUGAAUCAAAUGCCAGCAGUGAAUCUGAUGCUCAAAGAAGGAAAAGGGAGUUGAAGGUCCUAAACAGCUGGGAGAAGAACAAAAAGAAGGUCAGAGUGGAACGUACCAAACUAAAAGAAAUCAUAGUGAAGCGUGUCCUGGAGCAGUCUGGGGAAACCGUGCUUCCUACCCUGUGCUCUUCCCACCAUAAGAAAAAGCCUUCCAAUGUGGGUAUGCUCAGCAGACCACAGAAACCUUCCAAAAACCCAAAUUCAGCCUUUGAUGAUGUCUCAGGUCAGAAGAUGUUCAUACAAGAAUGCAAAGAAACGCUUCUGAAAACAACGAAGCACACUUCGCCAGAGCUACCCAGAAAAAGCAACAAGGAGGUGAGACAUGUUCCCUUGACUGAACAGUCCAGAGGUUGGAAGUAUCAUAAGCAGAAGAAACAGCAACGUCUUGAUGCGGUCGAUGAUAUUUGUAAUGCAAGGACUCGCAGAAAGAAAUGGGAGGAAGCAGUUUUGCAUGUGAAUCAGAGCACCAGAGAUUUACAUCACUCUCGCCUUGCUGAACCUACUGAAACUACCAGUACAGACCAAGAGAUGCAGAUAGUAGAAGACUUGCAUGCUGCGCGUGUUGACAGAAAGAUAGUUUUGCCUGUGGUGGAGACUUGUGGAGAGUUGACCAGCAUGGAGAUUGAUCUUCCAGAUGAGGAAGCAAACAAGUCUUCUAGGAGCCUUUCUGACAUGAAUACUUUGAUUGUGAUUGAUACUAACAUACUGAUCAGCCACCUAGAGCUCAUCAAGUCUUUGAAGAAUACAGAUAUCCCAGGUAUUGGCAAAUUUGGGCUUGUCAUCCCCUGGGUGGUCUUACAAGAACUGGACCAUUUAAAGAAAGGAAGAAUAUUGGCAAAUGUUGCCCAAAAAGCAAUCCCUGCUGUACACUUCAUCCACACGUGCCUGAAAAACCAGGAUUCGAAGUUGUGGGGACAAUCUAUGCAACUUGCUUCUCAGCAAACACAUGGUAUCAGUGCUGAGAACAACGAUGAUCGUGUAUUGCAAUGCUGCCUGCAGUACCAGAAACUUUUCCCUAAAGCUGAAGUUGUAUUACUGACGGAUGAUAAAAACUUGUGCAAUAAAGCCCUGGUGAGUGAAGUAAAGGCACUUUGCAAAGCAGAGAUGGUUGCUGCACUCCAGAAACUGGCUGUAAAUAGUGCAGCUUGCAGAACUCAGCUACUGUCAGAAAAAGAGGCAGAGCCCAAGGACCUUAGGGAGAAGUCUGCUGAGCCUCUUUCAGGCAUUAUUCGUGACCUUGAAAAAAGCUUGGGAGAAGUUUUGUCAUCUAUAUUGCAAACAGAAAUGAAGAUUGCUUAUGGAGACCUGUGGACAGAGGUAGUGUAUCGAACGCCUCCAUGGACGUUAGCAGCCCUACUCGAGUGCUACAAAAAGCACUGGAUAGCUGUUUUUGGACAGAUCAUACCAAGGAGCUUUCUUUCAACCAUUGAAUAUCUGUCAACGCAGCUCUGUAAAGCUGAAAAGGCUAGCCACGCAACAACCAAGCAGGUGCUUCGGGAAACCAAAAUGCUGUUGGAGAUGUUCAGCUCAAGAUCAAACUAUGAUGGUGUCCUUCCGCAGGCCUUUGCUUCAGUGAAUAAACUGUGUGAGACUCUUGAGAAGAUUCAGUCAGGUACUGGACAGAAUUCUUCAGACGCUGCCUGUGAAAAAAUGGAAGAUGUGACUUUAACUCAACACACCGAGGCAGGAGCCAAGUCACUGCCAACAGAGCCAACGGCUCAAGGAAAUAGGCACCAAGAAAUCUGGUCUGUCCUUGAAAGUGUCUGGAAUACAAUCAACCUAUACAGGCUUGAAGUUUUCCAGAAGCUGGAUCUCAGUGCAAUAGACACCGCUCAGUACAGGUCAUUGUUCAAAGAAGCUUUCUUAGGUCUGCAGAAAUUAAUGGCAGCUGUGAGUGAAAUUCUUGCAGGAAUCCAGCAAGUUUUAAUGCCAAACAGUAGCUUUCAGGAUAUCUGGACACUCUAUAACUUCUUAACUGAAAACAAGGUCAACAGUAGCAUAACAUUUACUGCUGAAGAGUUCUAUGACUGUGUUUCCCAGGGGAUGUACAGGGAACGGUUGUCAAUUGGUUGUAGCCAACUAGUUCAACUGGAACACGCUAUUAAACAGUGCCACGAAGCUGUUGGUUUGGAAGCCAAAAACAGAGGAUGGCUCUGAUCCUGCAGUCAUCUGA